UUGUUAUCUUGUGGCAGUUUAGGCACAUUUAUAUUUAACAGUUCAAAUAGUUGUGUAAAUAUUGCCAGUUAAUUUGUUAUGACAAGGAACCACACUAUUACACUGAAUGACCCAACAUCUCUGGCUUUCUGCAUAACUUUAAUCACUAAUACUGGACAACAAAUUAAUAUUAUUGAACCAAUCGCAAAAUGGUGAAAAAUCAAGUGAAACAUAUUUGAACUAGCUUUGGACCUACAGAUUUCGGAAACAAUAAAGAAAUUUCUUAAACAAAAACAAAAAGGGAUAACACUACUGUCAAUGAGGGACUGGAUUUUGAAGAAAGGCAAUGUCUAAUCCAAUAGCUGAUGGAAACACUAGUAUGCCCCAUAUUGAUGGGAAUCAAAAAGAGAAGGAGAUAAAUAAUGAAGUGACUGUCCAAACUGAGAAUGGAAAACCUGAUAUGCCUGACGUUGAGCGGAAUCAAAAAGAGAAGGAGAUAAAUAAUGAAAUGACUGUCCAAACUGAGCAUGGAAAACCUGGUAUGCCUGACAUUGAUCGGAAUCAAACAGAGAAGGAGAUAAAUAACAAAGUAACUGUCCAAACUGAGCAUGGAAAACCUGAUAUGCCUGACGUUGAUCAGAAUCAAAAAGAGAAGGAGAUAAAUAAUGAAGUGACUGUCCAAACUGAGCAUGGAAAACCUGAUAUGCCUGACGUUGAUAGGAAUCAAACAGAGAAGGAGAUAAAUAAUGAAGUGACUGUCAUGAAAAAUAGCAUUUCUCAUAACACUUCAGAUAAUAAACAAGGUGGUACAGAUGGACAUAAUAAAAAUGAUGAUACUGGUGUUACAGCAACUAAUACACCGCUUGACCAAGAUCCAAAUUUAAGCCAACCACAACCAUCACCAGAUCAAACAAAGCAAAUGGCUGUCUCUGCAAAAUCAGGACAAAGUAAAGUAAAUUCGCUGACUGGUAAAAAGAAAGAUGAUGCUGGUCAACAGAAAGGCAAAGGUGGCAAUGCUGGUACCAGUAAAAGUGACAAUAAUGAAUACUAUGCUAAACUUGAGGAAAGAUUGCAACAACUAUCACAAAGGUGCACUUCAAUGGAAGAAACAAUACAAAAUCAUCAAAAUAGGAAAAAUGUGGCUUAUAUUUGGAUUUUUAGUUCAGUUUGCAUCGUGGUAAUUGCAUAUGCCGUGCCAUCAUUUUUUUUCAACAAGGAGGGAACCGCAUCACCUGUAUCAGAUUCCAGACUGGAAGCCAUUGAAGAACAACUGCGUUUAAUUAAAGGUAGUUUACCUGUAAACAAUUCUCAACAUUUUCAAACUUUACAAGCUGACUUGGUAAGAAUUGAAGGGGAAUUUAGUUCGAAACACAAUGUUGGGAAGCAAGAGUUAAGAGACAGCAUUGAAAUGACAACGACACGCUUUGAAAAUAUCAAGAAAGAGGUUGAUGGUUUUGAUAGAGCAGUUAAAGAAAUAGACAAAAAGAUAGAUAAAAUAGUCACAGAUAUUGAAAUUUCUUUUCAAGAUAAAAAAGAAAUAGACAAAAAGAUAGAUAAAAUAGGCACAGAUAUUGAAAUUUCUUUUCAAGAUAAAAUUGACGAUGUUAAACGUCAUAUUAAAACAUUUGAAAACUUACCAGAACGCGUACAAAAUUUGAAAAAUCAAAUUGGACAUGUUGAAGAUGAUGUCAGAAGUACAAGAACAUUUGCUGAAGACAUAUUGGCUGCUACUAAUGAAAAAUUAGAAAAGAGAGAAAAGCAAAUAAUACAACUUAAUGAAACCUUGGAAUCAUUAGAUCACGAAUUAAAUAUUACCACAGGAAAAUUAAACAGGACCAAGGAAAUUCAAGAUAUAAUACAUAAAAACACGUUUGACAAAGGUUCCUUGAUAAUUGUGAUGUUAAUUAUCAUUAUCGGCCUAGCAGCCCUUGGAUUUUAUGUGUGCGUUUAUAAACCUUGGCAGCCUAGGAAUUUCAGUCAAGCAAAUGUUAGUGAAGCACAACAAGCACUCAGUGCAGUUCCUAAUCGACCAGUUCUUGGCAGUACGGUUUGCAUCAUCAGCUUUAAGUUAAAUCGGAGCGCAGAAUACCAAGCUCUCGUCAGAUCGGCACUCAGCACCAGUGGCUUUGCUGACAUAAUGCAUGAAAUCACAAAGCAUACAGACAUUCCUCGUUUACCCCACUGUAAAAUGUACAUCAUGUGCGUUGAAUUUUCUGAAAGGCAUGUUAUAAUAGAGGAGCCUGGUAUUGGAUUGGGUGACAUGAAAAGGACAACAUACGAGGCUGUCAGCAAAUUAGGAGGCGUCUUAGUUAUUUUGUAUGUGAACCACCGUGGAUCCAGGCGCAUACAAGAUUUGUACAGCACAGAGAUUUACUGCAUUAACAGGCAGCCGCAGUUGAAGACUCUUGAGACGCAUAACCGGUUUAUUAGUACCUAUGAUCAGCUGAAUGACCGUCAGAAGGAUGCAUUGAAACAAGCUCUCAGAGAGGCGCUUAACUGAAGAACGUUUUCUAGUGGCACCUGCCCUGAAGAGUAAGCCAACUAGAAGGCUGAGUGUAAAUGAUUCAUUUGAAAACUUUAUUUGAGAUUGUUAUGUCUAUGUAAUAAAAAUGAGACAUUUUAAUUUUUUUUUAGAAACAAUGUACUAGAUUUUUAUGCUCCCCCCAAAAAUUUAGGGGGAGCAUAUAGUCGCCGCUUCGUCUGUCCGUCCGUGCGUCCGUGUGUCCGUCUGUGCACAAUUUUUGUACGGGCUAUUUUUCAGCAACUAAUGACCAAAAUUCAAUGAAACUUUAUGGGAAGCUUCACUACCAAGAGGAGAUGUGCAUAUUAUCAGCGGGUUCCGGUCAGGUGAUUUUUCACAGAGUUAUGGCCCUUUGAAAAUUUCCAUUAACUGUACAUAUAGUGCAAUUCUUGUCCGGGCUAUUUCUCAGCAGUUAAUGACCGGCAUUCAAUUAAACUUUAUGGGAAGCUUCACUACCAAGAGGAGAUGUGCAUAUUAUCAGCCGGUUCUGGUCGGAUGCUUUUUCACAGAGUUAUGGCCCUUUGAAAUUUUCUAUAAACUGUACAUAUAGUGCAAUUCUUAUUCGGGCUAUUACUCCCCAACUACUGACUGGAAUUCAAUGAAGCUUUAUCAGAAGCUUAACUACCUUGAGGAGAUGCGCAUGUUAUUUGUGGGUUCUGGUUAGAUGAUUUAUUUAGAGAGUUAUGGCCCUUUGAAAUUUUUAAGUUGCUUAACCAUCCAUCGUAUUAUUUUGUCCAAAGUUAUGCCCCUCAAGACGUUUCCUUUUAUAUGAAUAUAAAGUGCAAUAUUUUGACAAAAAAAAAACAUUUGGGGAGCAUCACCCGUUUCCGACGGUUUCUUGUUGUUUUAGUUCUAGUUGACAAGUUUCACCAAAGAAUUAUAUAGCCUUUGGUGAAAUAAUUGUUUUCGUGACAAUUAAUAGAUAUUAAGUAAAAGUGUAUGAUCUGUUAAUAUAAGAUGUAUUAAAAGAAAUUUUCAUUUUUAAUUAUUAAAAGGGUGAUGGGUAACGAAAAUCAGACAUUGUCAAUUGUUCAAACUUUUUCAUUGUGUUAUUUCCCUUGGUUGUUUUUAUUGUAACUUGAGUUAUAUUUCAGAAAAUAUACAAGAUUUUACAAUGAAACUGCAUGGGUUUGUUGAUAUCAAUGAGCAGAAGCGCCAUGCUUAAGAACUAUAGCCAUAUACAUCCUUUUCAGGGCUAUAUCUCAGAUACCAUACAAGAUUUCAACAUGAAACUUCUGGGGUGUAUAGAUGUUUAUGAGAAUUGCAAUUCAUGAGCACAAUGCAUUUGGGAUAUCUAUUCAACAAAACUACUUGUUCUUUUGUACGUGUUUUUUUUUUGUAAUUGGUUGGCUAUUGAUCACUUGCUUAUAAUAAAAAAUGGUACUGAUUUCCUGCAUGUUAACUAGUCCUGAAUCAUUUGUCUGUUUUAAAGUAGGAAAGCUUAAUAAAUUUAUAUAUUUUCUCUCUGCAUAAAAUUGGAAUUUUUAUCGUUUUACAAAAUAAAUAUUAAAUGACAAAGAUGUUAGUAUCCUAUGUCUGAAAAAUCACAAUAUAUUGUGUUGUAGCAUGAAUUUAAGUGAAGUUUUGUUUGAUGGAGUAAGGGGCUUGUGACAGUUGUCUUUGAAAAAAGUUCAGAAAUCGUGGCCUGAAAUUUAGUUUUGUUGCUUAUAUUUUAAUAGUGUUAUUGCAAAUAAUAAUUUAACUUAGUCUUUUUAAUAGAUUUAAAGUCUUUUUAAUAGAUGAUUUCUUAACUACAUUAUGUUAUCACUUGUGAUAUCAAUAUUUAUUAUAAGGGUUUAUGUUCAGUUAUUGUGGUAACUCAGUGUCCGGCGUUCUGCAUAGAGUGUCAUUUACUGUAAACCUUCAGCUUGUUUCCUCUAUAGAGGUAACUUUUCUAAUCUAAUCUUGAUGAAAUUUGGUCAGAAUGUUUAUUUUGACAAUAUCAAGGAAUAGUUUUAAUCUUGAUUGUGUGGGUCCUAAAACGAGGCCACCAUGUCAAAUUAAUAUACACCUUGUUAUUUCCUAAAGGCCUCCUGUAUGUCUCAACCUUGAUAAAACUUGGUCAGACUGGUUAUCUUGAAAUAACUAGGCAAAGUUUAAAUCAAGUUCACAAGGUUUAAAUACCGGUUCACCAUGUCAAAUGUUAGAUAAAUCUCUUUACCCCAUAGAGGCCAAAUGUGUGUCUUAAUCUUGAUUAAACUUUGGUCAGAAUCUUGACAAUUAGGCCAAGUUCCGAUUUGGGUCAGGUGUGUCUAAAACUAGGUCACCAGAUCAAAUCUUAGGAAAACAUUGUUAACACUAUUGAAGCCGCAUUUAUAAUUCUUCCUUGAUAAACCUGGUCUAAAUUUGUAUCAUGACAAUAUCUAAGCAAAGUUUGAAUUCGUGUCGCAGGCGUUAACAACAAGGUCACAUGGUCAAUUCUAGACAAAUGUACCAUUUUAGAGGCGAUAUUGAUGGCUAAAUAUUUGUGAAAAUUAUCAGAAUGUUUAUCUAAACAAUAUCGAGACUGUGUUCAAAUCUAGGUCACAUUCGUUUAAAACCAAGGUCACUAGGCCAAAUCGUAGAAAAACAUUGUUACCACCAUAGAGGCCAAAUUUAUGACUCAAUCAAGAUCAUCCCUAUAAAAAUGUUUAUCUUGGUAAUACUUAAGUGCGGUUCGAUUUUGGGUCACAUUCAUUCAAAUACUUGGUGGCAAGGUCAAAUCUUAGAAAAACGUAGUUACAACUCUAGAGGUCGCAUUUCAAUGUCAUGUUUAAGUUUUGGUCAAGUGUGGGGACAAAUAGUUCACCAGAUCAAGUCCUAAACAAUAGUUGUUCUUUUAACUCAGAUGCAUUAGGGCCAUCACGGCCUGUUCGAUUAUAUAUUGAUUUUGAUGAGAUGUUAUAAUUCAUAUAUAUACCUCCUAAUUUGCUGUUAUAUCAAAAGCUUUAUUUGUAUUUGAUUAUUUUACUGGUGACGGUAGUGUAUAAAAUUGUGUUAAAACGCUUAUGCUAACUUGAACAUUAUAUUUGCUUAACUUGUAUAUAAAAAUGUAUACUAAAUAAUAAUAACUUUUCUUGACAUGUCUCUGGCAAAAAGGUAAACUCAAUAUGCAUUUGAAUCAGACUAGCUUCGUCAAAAAAAAGCGCGUGCCUUCAACUUCUGCGGACAUUCGCAAAUACGAUCUAAACGCUUUAUGUGCCAUUAGAGACGAAAUUAAGAAGGCCUUACCAAGAUAUUCUAUAUAAAUAAAGACUGAAACUAUAGCUGUGCGCAUUCCAGUUUCAAGAGAUGUCGAAGUUAUUGAAAAGAUGAAGGUAAUGCCUUUGGAAAAAACGACUACGGAGCAUGUCUUCUGUCGGUUCAUUUGGCUUUUGUUUGAAAUGGUGUUCAGGCUCGGAUUAUGACGAGAGGUAUCUCUUAGCUUAACGUAUAUUUUGAAGCUGAACCAAUGACAACUUGCUGCAGCUUUCAGAAAUCAUCUAGCGUUCAGCCGACUAUGGGAACGUGCCUGGCAUGUGCGACGCUCUCAAGCUUGCAGUUGGCCCCGAGGUCAAUAAGUCCGCUCAAAUUAAGUCUUCCACUAGGGAGGCGAUCACUGACCGCGACUAACGGAAAAAAUAAAAAACAUGGAUAGAGAUUUUCUCAGAGCUAUGAUAAGAGUUACUGGUGUCACAUAGCCUAUCAUAGACGCAAUCAGUGACUUGCACGUAAUGGAUGAGCUUGACACCCGACCCGCUGUCAAAGAACUUUCCAAAGCCAUCGACUCGCUGAGCUGUGGCAAACCCCAGGAAGAGACGACACCUCACCUAGGGCAAUCAAAUACGGAACAGAAAACAACCAUACAUAAGCCUCUGCCUAAUUUUCUGCUAAGUGUUUUGUGAAGAUUGCGCAGAACGUCAUUACACGCAAGAUGCCACCAUUGUCACCCUAUACAAGAACAAGUGUCACCGUAAUAACGGAAAUAACUACAAAGGCAUCUCUCUGCUGAUAGCGUGGUUGGGAAGGGUUUUCCCGCACUGUUCUAAACCGAAUUCAGACUCUUGCAGCACGAAUCUACCCUGAGUCUCGGUGUGGCUUCCGUGUCGGUAGAACCGAUUUUUUUGUGUCGACUUUAACAUGUUAAGAAUGCUCAUGGAAUUCUGUACUCUUGCUGAAAACACUGGUUGUUAUUUAGUUUUGCUAAGAACUGUAUUCCCGUACUAUAAAUUCAACAACAUGUCACUGUUAUUUCUCAUCUCAUUCUGUUAAAAAAAGUCGAACAUUUAGAUAUAUAAGUUCGCGUUUUAUUUUAAUCAAAAGUCUUUCCAAAUGUCAAUAUCUUCUCAUGUCAGCGCAGAUUAGCUAAAGACAAUAGUUUUAUCAGUCGUCAUAGAAGAUAAGAAAAAUAUUUUGAGUAGAAGUUACAUUUAUCUGUGAGAAAACAGAGAUGAAUACAAUGCAUUGUAAAUAUGGUGUUUUCUUAAUUACCGCGGAAGUUUAUAGUGUAAAUACUAAUAUGAAGUUUACUACGCAGUUCUUAACCUCCACUCUAAAAACAAUUAGCUUUGUCUCAAUACCCCCAGUAGAAGAAAAAAAUAUGCUUUCAGAUGCGAAAAAAAAGCAAACAACAUAUUGUUACCUUUGGCAUUUAACUUAUAACGAAUUUAUGAAGGGUUUGAAACUUUAUUAUCGUUGUAUCAGUAAAUUUGUUCUGAAUAUUCAGGGGUAGUAGUUAUUCUUUAAGAUUAAACACUCGUUGAAAGAUGUUGAUACUCAUUUUAGAUUGCUACUACAUCAUGCAAGCUUUACGGUGCCCGCUCACGGUUUGCGAUUGGACUUCACAGGAUCUUUGCAAAGCAUUUUCUGCUACCUUGAUAGCCGCCAUGCAGAUUAAUAAUCUAACAAAUCAUGUAUGGCAGAAUCCACAAUUAUCACAAAAAAUCAAGUUGGAUCCAUCGACUAUCGGUGAAAGACGUUACCCCGACAAAUGGUAUGCAUUCACAAGGCAGUUUACAUGUACACAUGUGAAAUGUCUAUAGCUAACAAUUCCCUUUUUACAUGCGUUUUUCUGCUGCUGCAACAUAGGCCAACGUUCAGACAUAAUGAGAGAUUUUCAAGGAUGUGGCUGACAUAACAGAGGACGAUCUAUCUGCGAUCAAGUGGCAACUUGCAGUGAAGAAAGUCAGUGCCCUAGUUAAACGAAUAAGGCUCAACCGAAUGACCAAAUCUGUGAAGGCGACUAUUCGAACAUUUCUGGAACGUAUUCGAUGUAAUUUUGCUCUAUGUUUGCACAGGGCUACAUGCAACGAACCAGCAUGUACACGUUCUUGAAUGAAAAGUAAAAUACCGAGUGAUUAUCAUCUUACAAAUGAAUUCGAUUAUCCCCUAUAAUGAGAGGCGGUAUAGUUAGUUGGAGGUGUGUUUAGCCAGUUUUUUCGUCAAAAGUAUGCUUAUAGGUAAACUAUGUAACCAUCUGUCCAAGUAUGUUGCCUAUGUUCUGAAUUGAAAAGCACUGUUGGUGAUUGUUAUGGUGACUGUUGAUCAAUUACCAAACCCAGGUAGAAUUUCUAUGGGGUUUCUCACAACUUUAUGUCGCUUUAAGUAAUAAAUUACAAAAAAAUCAUUGUAAGUUACGUUAGAUAGAACAGACGUCCUUAAAAUAAGGCUAUCAACUUCUCAAGUGAUAACAUCAUCAUAAACGUAUGUGCCUGGCGAUUUGUUUGCUUGCUGCAAAAUUGUUUUUGGAAACUCAGCUUGGUAGUUCACGCGUUUAAUUAUUUAUCUGUAUUUUGAGUCUAAAUGUUAUUUAAAUUUUAAAUGUUGUCAAUAUUUUAUCAAUGAUAGACUUAACCGAAAAGAAAUCCUAUGAAAAUAAUGUACAUAAAGGGGUAAUAUUUACCUACCUUUUAUGUAGAGACCAAGUUAAGAUACCACCACCACUUGCGCUUUAUAAAACAUUUAUCGGUAUGAUAAAUGGUUAUAAUCGAACAAAGCAUUUACCUUAUGUAUAUCAUAUAGCUUUAUCAUCGGAAUAACGCUCAGUGACACUCAUCAGCAAUUUCUUUCCUUAUAAGCAUUCGACAUUGACCUAUCUUACUUACUUUCUUUAUUAAUUUAGCACAAGUGACUGUGCUGAUCUAAAAAUUACUUUCACGUUCUUUAAAAUAUAAAACAUAUACUUAACAUGUAUUUGACUGUAAUAUUAUAAUAUUAGUUAUAUGAAAAUUUCAAUAGUAUUGUAUCAGUCUUGCAUACACAAUAAAACAAAUAAUUACAAAAUUGAUUCGUGGUUGAUAACUUGCAUGCAAUAAAACUUAACAAUAAACAUUGUAGAUUAUUUACUUCAUUUUUUUCUCUGUCGCAAACAAUACAGAUUUUUUGCGGCAUUUAUUUAAAACCAUUUAUUUCAGUCCGAAAAUAUUGUGCCACAUAUGCGUAAAUUUGUUCCUUUAGAUUCUCAACCGCAUAUCUUUAUUCGACUAUUGGGCCCGUAUUCAGAAUCGAUAACUUAUGAACAUGUUAUAUAUGAAGCAUGUUUUUUGUAGCUAACGAAGUAUCACUUAGAUUCUGCGAACAAAAGUUAUUUAAGUAAAACAUUUAAACUGUAAA